AGGCUCUUGUCGUCUUGGAAGUCUGCGUCGAGACUCUUUUCUAGGCACAACCUAACCAGUUCAGUCAGUGGUGCCAACCGUCGUUCUCUCGGCGCACGUAUGCUCAACCUUGUUGUCACGCCAGGUAAUCUACCAUGUAGGGGAUAUAAGUAAUACCUCAGCCACGUGUGGCACUCGAUCUCUGACCCACAGCACCCGCCUUGCAUUCGAUGGCUCAUCAACAGUCUCUCACCGAUGCGGAGAUUGAGAAAUUCAUUGAGGACCUAGACCACGACAACAACGGGAAGAUUGACUACUGGGAGCUCGAGCGCAAACUCGACCAGGUCCACAAGGAGAUCGCACCAAAAGCACAACCACACCACCUCCAUCACGAAUCGCGAACAGAAGCCCGCCAUGAGUUUCUUCGGAGUGUGAUUGGCAUCCAAGAGGACCGAAUCGACGACGCCAAGUUCGCGGAGAUCGUGAAAUCAUGGGACAUUCCUUCAUUGGAACAAGAUCGGAAGGAGGCUAAGCAGGAAGAUGACUACUUGAAGCAAAUGUCCGCUUGGAGGCGGGCACGCGCCUACUGGGCCGUCAAGGGGCCUGAGAUCGCGUUCUCGGCGUUUGUCGCAGCCUUUAUGGUAGCCUUUGGUGUUUGGCAGCUCGUCAAGUACCUCACAUACGAUGAGUACACCCCAGCAUUUGGCUGGGGCGUGGUGGUGUCCAAGACCGCUGCAGGAGUGUUAUACCCGACGUUUUUCUUCCUCAUCCUCUCCAUGUCACGCUGGCUGGCAACCUUCCUUCGACGCUUCUACUUUGUCUCCAGGUUCAUCAACUGGGAUCUUUCGCAGUCCUUCCAUAUCAAAAUGUCGAUUGUUGCGUUGUUCUUUGCAACACUGCAUGCCAUCGGCCAUCUUUCCGGAUCCUUUGUCUUCGGCAGCAUGGCGCAUCGCCAGGAUAGCGUUGCUGUAGUGCUCGGUGCCGACGCUGUGCCGCGUGCUUACAUCGACUAUGUAAGGACGGUUCCUGGAUGGACGGGCCUUACUGCUAUCAGCUGCUUCUAUCUCUUGACAGCUAUGAGUAUGCCCCAGGUCCGGAAGUGGAGCUACGAGGUCUUCCAGCUGGGCCAUCUGCUCAUGUUCCCCAUCAUCGGUCUUAUGAUCGCGCACGGAACUGCUGGUCUCUUACAGUGGCCCAUGUUCGGUUACUGGCUUGCAGUUCCUACACUGUUCGUCGUCUUCGAGCGCACGUGGCGAGUUAUCCUAGGAUUCCGUCCCAUCGAUGGCGAACUUGAGCUUUUAGACGACGAGACGACUGUGAUAACUGUCAAUGUCCCCCACAAGAGGCCGUGGGCCUAUAAGGCUGGACAGUAUGUUUUUAUCCAGGUGCCGCAGAUGUCCCGCUGGCAGUGGCAUCCUUUCACUGUUUCGACCUGCGUCAACAACAGGAUGCAAGUGCACAUAAAGGCGGAUGGUGACUGGACAAAUGAGUUGCGGGACAUGGCGAAGAAGGCUGGCAAGAAGCAGACUAUCAAGGUUGGCCUUGAUGGACCGUAUGGUGCCCCUGCGCAACGCUUCUACGACUUCGAGUAUAGCAUGGUCUUCGGGUCAGUCGCAGUAUUAUCCUCCCGAAGAACAACGCUGACAUUUCACAGUGCUGGUAUUGGUGUCACCCCUUUCUCCGGCGUUCUGACUGAUCUUCAACAUCACGAACUCGAGCGGAGCAUGUCUGGCGAGAACUCUGCAGAGUCUGGCUACGAGAGCGGCAAAAACUCCCCCUACGAAGACCACCGACGCGUAGACUUCCACUGGAUGGUCCGCGACAAGAACAACCUAUUGUGGUUCUCAGAUCUCCUCAACCAGGUGUCUCGUGCCAUCGACCUCGAUCGCUCGCAUCUCGACAUCCGCGUACAGACAUUCGUGACCCAGAAGCGCAAACAGAUCUCCGAACACGUCUUUCGAUGGCUGCUCGAGAAGCACAGGACCGAUGAGCACCCACAAUCACCUAUCACCGGUCUUUGCAACCCGACGCAUUUCGGUCGUCCGGAUAUCCCAUUGAUUAUGGAGGAGCACUACUCAGAUAUGUGCAAGGUGCUGGGUGAGAGACUGCAGGAGAAGAACUCGAAGGCGAAGGAUGAAAUCAAUGUUGGUGUGUUCUUCUGUGGACCGCCAGUCAUCGGUCAGCAGAUUGCAGACCAGUGCUCACAGAUGAAUGCGAAAGCACGAAAUGAGGGGAGGAAGGUUGAAUAUCGGUUUAUGAUCGAAGUGUUUGGUUGACUUUUCAAUUCUUGCGAUACCCGUUUAACAAUUAGACAGCAUUAAUUUAAUAUCACGACCUCGUUCUGUCUCACAUAGACCGAAUUCCUUAUGCUACGGCGUCCGAUAAGGCACCGCCACAUUUAGGCGUGCCGUUACAGUACUACCUUGCAGUUC